AAAACAUGCUUUCCAAAUCCAGUUUUGGUUUUUGAUUGUAGCGUACCUCGUGCGUUGGCUAAGUUAAGGACUAAAGAAAAAAGAAAACGAAUAAAUCGUGUAUGGUGAUUCAUGUAAUCUUGUAUUUAACAACCAACAGAUUGUCAAAAAAUGAAAUUAGUUAGGUUUUUGAUGAAGUUGAGCCAUGAAACAGUCAUAAUAGAAUUAAAAAAUGGUACCCAAGUUCAUGGAACAAUAACAGGAGUUGAUGUUGCAAUGAACACCCAUUUAAAAGCUGUUAAAAUGACAGUCAAGAACAGAGAUCCUGUUCAGCUUGAAACCCUGAGUAUCAGAGGAAAUAAUAUUCGGUAUUACAUUCUACCUGAUUCCCUUCCACUGGAAACCUUGUUGUUGGAUGAUUCUCCUAAAGCCAAGGCAAAGAAAAAAGAUGCAAGUGGUAGAGCUCGUGGAAGAGGCCGUGGCCGCGGAGCCGUCAGAGGAGGGCGUGGGAGAGGACGUGGGCGAGCUACGGGUCCUCGACGCUGAAAUUUGUAAUUUCAAACGCUUUCCAUUUUUUCCCCUUUUGAGCAAAUGUAAAAGAAGUUUUCAUUUGCAUUACAAAUCGUCAUUGUCUUA